CGCGCCCUAUAUUAAUCCCGUAAAGCGCCGCUGUCCGUUCAGCACCACUGACUGACUGUGAGGAGAGUUGAAGCGCGCGCACUGGAUACUCGACGUGUAAAGCUCUGGAUUUACAAAACCUUAUCUCUUCUUAUUUGGUCUGCGACUUGGUGUGAAUUUUCAUGAAAGUGGCGAGGAAUUAAACGCGUCUGUAAGAGGACUGCAACAGUGUUUUAUUAGAAAAAAAUACCUUAUAUAGUUGAUAGUUAAUGCGCUCACACUAGUUAUUUGACGGCUUGUGGAUUUACAACCCAAUUAAAGGCGGUAUAUCUCUUCGUUUGGACUGCUGCUUGGUUUUUAGUUUAACUUUUUACCAAGGGGCAGCUACGCGUGAUGCGACAGUGGAAAGGGACAUUUUUCUCUUCAAAACUAUAUAUUCGAAUGUAUUACUAAAGAUUUCUUUGUAUAUAUUUAUACUACUUAUUUAUAGUACGUAAGUUUUAUGCGUUUAUUAACCAAAAAUAUGCUCGCACACCUCCUGUCACUGCUGCUUAUAUUCGCGUCAGGGAGCGGAAAAGUGGCUCGCGCGACUGGCGCGAAAGGAAACCGCUACGUGUGCACGCCAGUGCCAGCCGGCACCGACCUUAGCUGUCCGACGGACACGAGCAACAGGGUCCAGAGCACGAGCCCGCAGGAAGAACAGUUGCGGAGCACCAUUAUUCAGUUGCGCGAGACCAUCCUCCAGCAGAAGGAGACUAUCGUCAGUCAACAGGGAACCAUCAAAGAGCUCAACUCCAAACUCGCGCGCUGCGAGGCUGAUGACAAGUCGCGGGGCAACGCGCGCAGGAAAGAUUUUGGCAAAAACACGAUGGGCGACCUGCCGCGCGACCCCGCCGAGACCGUAGAGCAGCUGGGCAAGACCAUGCAGAGCCUGAAAGACCGACUGGAGAACCUGGAGCAGCAGCUGCGUACUAACACAUCCGGCGGACCGUUUCCCAACGAUCUAAAAGACCUGCUGAGACGUCGCCUGGGUGACCUGGAGAGCCAGCUGUUGACCCGAGUGGCCGAACUGGAGGAGGAAAAGAGCCAGCUUUACAACGAGACCACCGCUCACCGCCAGCGCACAGAAAACACCCUGAAUUCGCUGCUGGAGAGGAUCAACGAGCUGGAGAAAAGUAACAGCGCAUUUAAAUCACCAGAGGAUUUUAAGGUGUCUUUGCCCUUGCGCACCAACUACUUGUAUGGCCGCAUAAAGAAGAGUCUGCCGGAGAUGUACGCCUUCACCGUUUGUAUGUGGCUCAAGUCCAGCGCCAGUCCUGGAAUCGGAACACCGUUUUCCUACGGCGUCCCAGGGCAGGCCAACGAGAUCGUGCUGAUCGAGUGGGGAAACAACCCAAUCGAGCUUCUUGUCAAUGAUAAGGUAGCUCAGUUACCUCUCUCCGUGAGUGAUGGGCGCUGGCAUCACAUCUGCAUCACCUGGACAACCAGAGAUGGCUUCUGGGAGGCCUAUCAGGAUGGAGAGCGACUAGGGACCGGAGAGAACUUGGCCCCGUGGCACCCAAUUAAACCUGGAGGAGUCAUUAUACUGGGACAAGAACAGGACAUCGUAGGUGGGAGAUUCGAUGCCACGCAGGCUUUCGUAGGAGAGUUAAGCCACUUCAACAUGUGGGACCGAGUCCUGCGUCCUAUAGACAUCUCCGCUAUGGCCAACUGCUCCACCUACAUGCCCGGCAACGUGGUGCCAUGGGUUGACGGCAACGUGGAGGUAUUUGGCGGUGCCACAAAAUCAGCACUGGAGAUUUGUGAAGAUCGUCUCUUUGAUUCCUAAAAACACUUCUGUAGAUUUAUAAGCAAGCGCGCUCAUUGAAACCAUGUCCCAAUAUCACGCUGGGAAACUUACAGAGAGACAAAGCCACUCUGAUUUGACAUGGAUUAUUGCAUCCUUUAUUCUGCUUUUUUUCGCUGUCAGCCUGGACAAUAAAAUGUUUGAAAUGUAUUUGGAAAAAAUAAAAAAUCUGUGUGCACAUUCAAGGUCAGAAUCUAGUAUUGGCUGACACAAAACUGUCUUGUUGAUAUUAAAUAUGCUUUUCUCUGUGUAGCGUCCUUCAAAAACUUCUACAAACUCGUGGCUAUUUUUAAGCACUACAGUAAAGAUGGAUUUUUUCUGUCUCGCUGUAGUCGUAACAUUGAGCUUUUGUCAUAUCGUAGAUGGGGUGAUGCAUUUGAAACCACUUAUCAUGAAAGUUUGAAGACUGAGCUUUAUAAAACACAUACUGGAUGAAUGUGCUAGUCUGUAACACUUUUUGUCACAGGAGAUUAGUGGAGGAGACAUUUUGUAAAUCUGCUAUCCAAAAUGCUAAACGCAAAGUAACCAAAUGUUGGACUACAGCUCCCAGAAGUCCUCAGGAGCUGGAUGGACUACAGGAAGGUCUUUAGCUGAAGGUUUUCACCUUAUGAAGCUCGUCAGAAGCCAUGCUUGAUUUAAUAUUAGAUUAUUAAUAGUUUAUACUACAAAAGAUUUUGACAAGCGCAUGACGCUAUGAAAUGAACUGUGAGAAAUCGACAGGGAAUGUUUUUAAAUAAUGUUUUAAUAUAUAUAUAUACACGUGUAUGUGUGUCGUGGGUUUUCCAGUAAGCCUUUUAGACCCUUGCACAAUGCACUGAGACUCUUUUUUAAGGAGAUGAAACAGAAAUAUUGAUGGGCACUAAUGAGGUUGACAGUGUGGGCUCUCAUUGAGAGCAUGAUGACAGGAUGUACAAUUGAUCUGAUCUCUAAAAUCUAAUAAUGCAUGUGGCUGAAUCUCACAAAACACAAACAUGUCUCAAAGCAAGAAAUAAGACACUCACUAGAAUUGGCAUAAAAAUGGAUCCUGUUUUUUGGGCUAAUUUGUUACUGUAAAUAUCAUGGUGUAGUACUUCACUACUGCAUUUUUUAAAUGAAUAUUCGUUUUAUCAUUGGGGUUGAAAUGUGACCUAUACAUGUUUUAAUGAGAUUCAUCCGCGCGCUUUACUGAUUUGAUUUGUGUUUGAUCUACUUAUAUGACUUAUUUACAUGGUAGGAUUGUGUUUAUUUAGAGCAGUGCAAUAUAUGGGACACUUUAUGUAAAUGUGGUCCUCAUCGUUUCUGUGUUUCACGUCUAGCUGCACCAGUGGGCUUGUCGUUUUCACCGUGUCUUACAUGGAUGUUUUCAUUUCAGCUUGUACACAAAGAUGUAUUGAGGUGCAGCGUUCUUAGUAGAUACUGAUCAUGCAUUAGUGCGUUCCCUCGUUGACAUGCUUGUACACGGGCUAUUCUUUAUCUGAAUGUAAUGUACUGCUAUUUUGUGUCAAAAAUGGUGGGAUAAAAAAUCUAUUUUUAUGUUUUGUGUUGCUUUCAAGUCAUGUCAGGAUGAUAAUAUAUACAGGAUGAGCAGGCAGUAUCUACUGUACCACUGCAUUGUCACAAAUAGCAGUGAGUGUGUCUGUAUUUAUAGAGCAAAUUGUUUUUUAAUACUUGUUAAGUUACGUUAAAAAGUAUUAUGUUUUUUUAAGUUAUAUGCUCUUUACUGGCACUUAAAUGCUUAUUUCUGUGUUAGGAAAUAUGAAGGUUUGGUAGAAUUUUAAAACAUGUUAUUUUCAUUCUGGCCAAAAUUAUUAUCUUGAUUUUAAAGUAAAAACUUUCCAAAGGGACUUGAAGGCAACAUUAUGAAAAAUCUUAUUUAUAAAAUGAUUCAGAAUGUAAUGUUUGUCCAAAAAUGAAUGGCCUUUUUUAAGCACCAAUUGUGCUUUCUGGGGUUUUCAAAGUUUUAACUCCUAAUGUAAGAACACAACAUGAAAUGAUGAGAGCAAGGAAAAUAAAAGAUGUAGAAAUGGGUUGAUUUGAAAUCAAUGGAUAUGUUGUUCAGCAUGGAAAAACGCUGAAUGUCCUUUUUCACCCAAUAAAUGGUUUUAAAACCUA